GCCAUGAGCGUGAUUGCCUUGCCUGCUGCGUGCACAGGUGCAGGUGAAGGUGUGCUAGCGAGGGUGUCAGUCGGGGAGCGGGUGUGUGUGUGUGCGUGCGCGCGCGCCUAUAAAUCGGCAACGUUUUUCCACAUAUUUUGUAGUAGAGAUGCUCGAAUGCAACGAGAGCAGCGCCGCAUAGUUUUAGUUUGAGAAAGGAGCUUGCCGGCGACAGGCGUAAAGGCAAAGGCGUGCGUGCGUGUUUGUUGUUUUGUUUUUUUGGUACUGGAUAACUAUUUAUAAGCAAGCAAGCGCUAACAUUGCAUACAUACACAGAGACGGGGAUACAAAAUUCAAAAAACAAGACACCAAAAAAAAAAUAUUAAAUUGAAAGUACAUUCAUGCAAUCAUGUAGAGACAUUGCGGUACGCUUCGAACAAUGCAGUAACGCGUCAAUUGCUAUUUGUGCGCACAAGUGAAAAGGACUACUCCAAAUAAGUUUGGAAUUAGUGAAAACUGCAAAAUGUUUUACAAGUGAAUAAUUGUGGGCACUUCAGUGCAUCGGCGAUAUUGAAAAUUGCAGUGAUUUAUUUAUUUAGUGGCUUCCGUGUUGUGAAAAAGCGCAGCACUUGAGAAAUGCGUUUGGCAGGAUUCGUUGGUCGUCUGCCGUUGUCGUUGUCGUUGCCGUCGUAGAAAUAAAAUCGAUAUUUCCGUGCUGUAUCUUACGGCGAAAGGUGCUCAGUAGCAGCGCCGUUGCGGCAGCAGCAGUGACGUAGCCGGAAGCGGCAGCUGCGACGUCAGCAGCGUGCGCUAAGUGACAGCAACAGCAGCAGCUGAAAUAACAAUAAAAAUAAAAACAGCAAAUCGCAUAACGGUAAAACAGUUUGGAAUACGAUAACUACAAUUACAACUACGACUAGGCGAACAACAAAAACCACAACGACCAGGAAGACAAGGAAGACGACAACAGCAGCGACCGCGCUAGUGCUGGCGCUGGUAGUGUUGAUGUUGCUGAUGAUGAUGAUGAUGAGGACUUCUGCGUCUACGAUUAUAACUACGACUACGUCUAUGAUUACCACGAAGGCUUUGGCGAUGACGAUGACGAAGACGACGUCGUUUAAAGCUGCGUUUUCGUUGGCGUAUCCGUGUCUCGUUAACUUGUGCCGUUCGGCUAUAACCACUACCACUACCAAUACCACUACUACUACUAUGCAACAUACACGCUUUUCGUUGUCAUCGGCUAUAUUGUACGUGUUGGUGUUGUUGUUCUUGUUGCUACCGUCUGCAGUCAUACCAUAUGCCGUAAAAAAUCUAAACGUGACUCCUCGUGUGGCGUUGGUGGUGGCAGCAGCGGCGGUGCUUUAAAGGAAGCUAUAAAGCCAGUUAGCAUUUAGCCAACGCGAGCCAACAGCCAGCCAGUCAGGUAGCCAGUCUACCAAGCAGCUCUCAACUCAAGUAUCAAGCGGCUAACGCGCUAGACAGCUAGCCGACCAGGCCGACCAACAACAGCCCCAAAGUGUCAAUUGCGUCCUAAAAGCCGCGUCAGCUACUUGAUCGUGUUUUUAUGGAGCUCGUCAUAGUUCAGUAGUUAUUUUUGUAGUCACUCAGAAGCUGAGUCUGAGUUGUGCUAAAAAUAAUAAUGAUAAAGUUUGUUAGGCAAAAGAGUCGCGAGCAUUCAGUUAAAGCAUCAAAAAGUUUUUUUAAGAAAAAGGGCGAGUCGAAUGAUUCCGGUACCGAAUCUGAUGGUGACGUCCUAGAUGUUGACAAGCAUCGCCCCUUAGACUUGGACAUGGAAACCAGCUUAAGCUCCUGCGCCGAUGUGAAUUCACCAACCACAGACACCGCCUGCUCCUCGUCAGCGUCUUCUGCGAUGAUGUGUCAAUCCCACCUUUUAUACGAUCAACACAGCUCCGAGGAGGAACUGGAAGUGAUCAAUGGGCCAUCAUCGGUUGCAGCCGCUGAGGCGGCGUCCAAUGUAUUGGUGGUGCGGGGCACCGCUUCAUCACUCAUAUCGGAGCGUGGCUCGUCGUCGUUGGAGCCCGAAGAGCUAUUCGGCGAAGCAUCGACAUCAAAACGUUCCAGCUCAACAUUAGUUGAGAAUCGCAAAAGAUCUCUGGCACACAGCUCCGAUGAUGACCUGAGGAACUUCUUGGAACCAGUGUUGACCCCAGUGAAUUUUCGCACAUCACCACCAUUGGAAGCUUUCAAGCCAAACCGCAGCCACAAAUAUCGCUCCACAACGCCACUGAUACUAUCGGAGGCGCGUUGCGGCAUCGAAAAUAUUAAAUUAUGUGAUAAUAGUGUUAAUGACGAAAAUGGUGAGGCUGGCGCCGCGUCGUGUGCGUCCGGCGCGAGUAGCAGUACCGGCAGCCAUGCCGGUGCCUGUGCUAGCAGCGGCGGUGGCGGUGGCGGUGGCGCCUGCGGUGAUGCCAGUUCAACGAGUGUGAUUAAGGCGUGCGCCUCAUCGCUCAAGAUGAGCAACAGCAGCCAUCAUAUCUAUCAACCGCAACCCAAAUAUAAUUUCCACUAUAAUAGUUCGCGCAGCAGUCCCGCAUCUACGACCGGUCUUGAUGCGAUGGAGGUGCGCUCGGUAAGUCCACCGGCGAAACUCUUCCAUUCGGCUAGAUCACCACACCGCCGACCGAUACGCACACAACACGCCACACAGAGGCUACAGCGACCACAUCGGCCGUGCUUAGAUUUCGACAAAAUGCAGCAAGUAAGUCUCUAAUGCAGCGCCAAAUCAAAGACUUUUUACUUCUCACUAAUUACAAGUAAAUGUACCUAAAAGCUCGCAUUACCCAUAACGAAAAUGAUAAAAGAUGAUGAUGAUGGAGAAGAUGAUGAUGAAGAUGGUGAUGAUGAUGAUGUUGAAGGGAGGAUGAAGCUUAAGUGGUGAUAAUGAUGAUGAUGAAGAUGAUUAUGUUUAUAGCGGUGUGGAUGGUAGUAGGUUUUGUACAGCAAAAGAAAAAAAACAAAAAACAAAUAGCCGCAAAAUUAAUGCUAUGUUAAAAAAGAAGAAGAGCAAAGCGUCAGAAGCAAAGGCAGAUGAUAAGAGGUGGACUUGUGGAAGAGAGCGAUUUUUAAUAACGUUUGGCACCAUAUAUUUAACAGCGAAAAAAAAUGAAAUAAAACUAAAACAAUAAAAAAAUGCAACAGAACUACAACAACAAUAGCCCCAAUUAUCCAAAAGCUAAAUUUACCGAAAAUAGACUUUUAGAAACAUCAAAUCAAAACCAAUGCAUGUUUAGAUGGAGAAACAGUUAAAACAAAAACAAAGAAGAAAAAGAAAAACAAAUUCCAUUUUUUUUAUUUUAAGCAAAAAAAUAAUAGAAUUUUGUUUUCCAUUUGUAAUGAGCCACAACAAAUGCCAGUUAUAAUAUUUAAGUUCUUCAUCAAGGCUGCCAAUAAUGCCAACUACUGCUGCUCAUUUUGAUAAGAUUAUGAUCUCGCCAGAUUGUCAACGUGCAGAACUUUAAAUGCUUGAAGACGAAGAUUUCGUAUUCAAAUGCACUACGCUAAACAGAGGCAAACAUAGCUUAAUUUUGGAAAUCCACUUGAACUUACGAGUGGCCCUACUGAAUCUCACUAUCAAGUGAUGUUGUGUUGUUGUUGUAGCAGUAAUAUAUGUAGUAAGUGAUGUAUCGCUACGCCUGCCACUUUGUUUUGUUCAGCUAAGAAAGUUGCAUUUGAAGCUUUGGUUGCUAUUAAGCUGAGCAGCGAUAGAGAAGAUUUGUUAAGCUUCUGCAGCAAGGGGUGCAAGACACACAUAACCUUUCCGCAUGUUGCACAUUAGCGCCUGUAAUAUUUUUAUUGGCAGUAAAACUGUGGUGUUGUUGUUGUUGCCGCAGCAGCAGCAUAAAUAUUCCUCACACAUGUACGGUAAAUGCCGUUGAAAUGUCCUUGGCAGGUUAUAAAUUCGGAUUGUUCCAGUCGAACCGACUGUCGUGGAAACGGUUGAGUGCAUCUGGGCUCUCUUUGCCUACUUCUAUAGCCCCAACAAAUCGUAAUCUCUUUGAAAAUAGUUAUCAGCUGUAUGCCCGUAAAACCAAAGCACUCUGACCUAAACUGGAUUUUAAAAGGACAAAAUGUCUGCUUGGAUUGGAUUCAACAGAUCAACUACCAGCGUCCUCACCGGUGUUAUAAAGGGUCACUGCACUAUUGGCACUCUAGCCAGUAGAAUGGUGUACCUCACAAUGACUGCUGCAGGAGUUGUGGAAAUGAAGAAGAAAUUGAACAACACGUCUUCUGUUACUGUCCUGCACUUCAAAGAAGCCGCGUUAAACAUCUUGGCGAUUACUUCUUUGAAGACCCGGUUAAUUCGCAAAAUCUCUCACUGGAGGAGAGACUAGUUACCAUCUUAAAAAGAUCUAAGUAGUUUAAGCAACUUAGUUAGGGUAUGGAAAUCAAAUGCAGGUAUCACAGUGCGCCUUGGAGCCACCGAGAGUCUUGUCUUAGACAAGCAACCUGGCUAACCUAAACUAACCAUGCACUUAAAACUUACAAGCAUCCUUUUUCUGAAAAAAUCGACCUCGAAUAUUAAUGUUAACCACUUUAUUUGUUGGGUAUUUCCGAACUGCUCCUGCUAUUCGUGGUAUUUGGCUUGCUGUCGUACAAAUGAAGGUUUAAACCGCUUCCACCUGAUUUGCUUUUUCAUGGCAGAUAUGCACUAGGAGAUUUGUCAUUGGCCGCCGAGAUGUGGUCGCUUUUUAAGAAAAUGCUUUUUUCUAUCAUUUGACGUUACGAAUCCGCGAUCGGCACUCAACCUGUGACCUACCGAAUGGUAGUUACGCACAAACUCACUCGGCUGCGUCGGCCGCUCGUACGUUCAAUCUAUCUAAAAUAUGAAAUAAAAAGCUCAAGAUGAUGUUAAAUUCAUAACAUUUAGGGUUAAAGGCAUAUACACUCAAUCCAACUCAGCUCUAUCCUGAGUAUAAUAAGGGAACUGUGUUUGGAUGAGGUACUACGAUGAGUAGAGGACACAAAAGUUCAUAAGGUCGAAAUGCAAACCUUGUAGAGAAUCUAAUCUAAUCUAAUCUAAUCUAAUCUAACAUUUAGGGUUACAUAUACAUAGAGGAAGAGGCCAAGCACACUAGACCACGCGUCCCCGCACGACACUUAUCACCCUAUUCACGUGCCCGCUUAAAGCUACUCAUCUGACGCCUCUUUCUUACUCCGUGUUUUCUGUUAGAUGAGUUUGAUGAGGACGAUUUAUGACUUCACCACGCUUAGCAGCGAUUGGUAAACUGCUACAACGACAACAACGUGUCCUUAAUUAAAAUCAGAAAAUGUAAAUUUUGUCUCCUGUAUUGUCAGGGACUUUUGCAUAUGAAAUAUGCACGAAAUCAGUUGAUUAUUAUUAUUAUUGUUAGGCUGCUGCGCACUGAGACUCUCUGAACCCAACCUGUCGAAACAGCAAGUUUCCUGUGUCUACCGGUAGAUGAGACGAGACGUAGACGACCGCUGAUUUACACUACUUUGACAGGGUUUACAUAGUAUUACACCUACAACAACAACACCAACAACCAAAACAGAUCUAUUGUGCAAAGUUUGCUGCGGUACCCUGUAUUUUAGCGCUUUUUUAAAAAAUUUCGCACAUUCUGGGGUUUAUUGUUACUUAAUUUAUAUGGAUCACCAAGAUAGUGUAGCAUUUUUCAGCCUAAUGCAGGACAUUUACAAAGGAUGUGUACUGAAUUUUCAGUGUCCAUUUCUUAGAAACGGCAGAUGAUGAACCAGUUUUGUUUAAGCGGUAUCUCAGACUGCAGUGGCCUGUAAAGUAACCAGUUAGAAGUCUUAAGUCUAAGAAAAAAUGAUAGCAUCUCCUUUAUGACAAGCAUGGCUGGGAGUGUACAGGCAGUCAUAUCUGAUCGACUAGCAGCAGGGGCAAAGACUUCAAAUUGCGUACCCACUCAUCUAACACCCCUUUCCCUCUGGACCCAACCCGUCGAAACAGCCAGUUUCCUGGGCCUACCGUUAGAUGAGCUAGACGAAGACGACCGGUGAUUACACUACACUAACAGGGUAAAGUUACUGCUACAACAACAACAACGACAACUUCAAAUUGCGUAAGCUCUUUUGUCUGCUAAAAUUUAAAAUCUGCGUUUGACAAUCUUGCUUCGGAUUUUUUUAAAAAUCCACUUUAAAUGGGCAAAAUAAAUUCCUGCAAAAACAUUUUUUUUUCUGGUACCUUAACCAGUUAUUUUUAUGGCGAGGUAGUUAUUUUUCGAAAAUGUGGCAUUUAAAAUUCUGAUCUCGUUUAUUUGUAUAGACUAAAAAUAUUGAUUAAGUAAAAAUAUUGUUUAAGUAAAAGCCACACAACCGCAAUUGAAACUCUUUCGCUGAUAAAAAUUUAAUUUAAGAGCUUUACGUUUUCGAACGCUGCAAACAGUAAAAACGAAAAAGGCCUGAGUUGAGCAAAUAAAAGCCAAUAACAAAUUACAAACCAAAAUAUUACCACAGGAAUACGCUGAAUACGACAGCACAACAAUAAAAUAAAAUAAAAAAACAAAAACACAAUUGAAAAUUAAUAAUUCUUUACUACAAUAAAUCACACAAACAACAAGACAGCGAAAAACAAUAAACAAAAACUAAACUGAAGAAACCAAAAACAAACGCAAAAUAACAACGCAUAAGUCUAAAAACAAAAACAAAGCAACAAAAAUAAAAAACAAAAACAAAAACAGUUGAAUAUCAA